AUGAUCCAGAUCUGGCAGCAGGUCUAUUUUCCUGAACUAAGAUUCCCAGACAUUGUUCUGCCUAAAGAUCAGGUCAUGGCGGCCCCCUUGAUGUCGGCAGAGGUGCCUAAGCGCUUCAUUGAAGAAUAUCUCAUGUUUUUUAGGCACUGCACCAAGAGGUCUGCUGCGCAGUGGCAGGUAGUGCUCAGAAGAUCAUACCCUUGGUUCCAGUCUGGACACAGACUUUUCGACAAGGAGCCAGAAGAGGAGGAGGCAAAGAUUGAUUUCAGAAAAAAGUUUCUGAGUGUGGCGCUGCCCCAGGACAUGCCCUUUGGUGAAGGGAAACCUUCCAACUAUCAUCUGGGGGCAGAAGUGUGUCACCCCAAUUUCUGUGCCAGGCAGCUUGGCUGUCCCCACCUCAUCCCUCUCAAAUCCUAUAGGAGCUGCAAUCGUGCUACCUCAUGA